AAAACGGAAAGAAAAAAAAAAAAUUAGAAAUGUGAAGAUAAAUGAGAAUUCAGCAGGGAAGCUCAGACUCAAAAGCCUGACCAUUUCUUUUAUGUAGAAGUUCUCUUGCAAUUCUCAAUUCAGUUGUUUUUCUUUUCUCGCGAAACAAACACAAGAUCCUGGAAAGUGGAUCAGGAGAUUGGUUCUUCAAUGAACAGUAUCUUUUGUCAAUAAUCAAGCUCAUAGAUUUGAAGUGAUAUUGAAUAUAUACCAGAAGACACUUUGGAAUUUGGAGUUUACUUUGAAAUGGAGAAAAUCUGUGAAUUCUGCACAACUUCAGGACCAGUUGUUUAUUGCAAGGCUGAUGCAGCGCAUCUGUGCCUUUCCUGUGAUGCAAAGGUCCAUUCAGCCAAUACACUUUCCAACAGGCAUCUUCGUACCCUCCUAUGUGACUCAUGCAGAUACCGCCCAUCUUAUGUUCGGUGUUUGGAUCACCAGAUGUUCAUGUGUCGUGGUUGUGACCGAACUUUCCAUGAUGCUUCUUCCCAGCACCAGAGACUUGCAGUUAGUAGUUAUUUGGGGUGCCCUUCAGCUAAGGAUUUUGCAGCAUUGUGGGGUUUUGAAUUGAAUGAGCUGGAAAACAAUGCUAUUCAAGAUCACUCUUUAUCCAAUUCAUGUGUUUCUGUGAAUCCCAAUGCGGUCAAACUGGAUGAUUUAGGACAGUCUUGUUCCCAAAUUGGAGUUUCUUCAAGUAAAUCCUGUGUGACUCAAGCCCCUGCUGCAGGAUGUAAUGUUGGAUCAAACAGUCAACAAACCAAGGUUAUUAACAAAGGUCAACAGCAGCAAAACACUGCCUUUAUUUUGCAACAGAUUCUUGACCUGAAAAAGCUUCAGCUCACUGAGAGAGAUGGUCAUUUGCCUUUUAUUGGUGGCCAAGAACAAGCUGACACAUCUUCUUCAAUAUGCAACUUUUCACAAAACCUUGAUAGUAAUCGAGUCCAGGACAUUGGCAUCAAUCUCCACCAAAGUAACAAUCCAAUCCACGAGCAGAAUGCAGAUCCUCUGCCCUUGUCAUUUUCUCAUCUGGAGAAUUUAGCAUCAUCUUCAACUUCUGGGAUUCCUUUGUAUGGAGAAUCUUUUUGGCAAAGCAAAAGUCCGAUUCGUGGUAGUCAGUUGUGGUCUCAAAAUAUGCAAGACCUUGGAGUUUGUGAAGACAUUUUUUGCCAAGAUGAUUUUAACAUGCCUGAUAUAGAAUUAACAUUCCCCAAUUUUGAAGACCUUUUUGGUGCUGAUCAAGAUCCAAUCCGGGCACUGCUUGGUAAUAAAGAUGUUUGUUGCUCAUCUGUGGACAAGGAUAUGUCCUUCAACAAAUCAGAUAUUGUUAAUGCAAGACCAGUGGAGGAUGCUUCUGUGGCCUCAUCUAUUUACAUCAAUCAGUCUGCUCAUACAGAAAAUAAUAUGGAUCCUUCUAACCACAUUCAUAACUUCCAGAGGGCUAGUGAUUCUCCUCGCCCGAUUCGACCAUCUUAUUCAACAAUGUCCUUCUCUGUUUCAAGGUUUAGUGCUGAAAGCAGUGGUAUUGACUGCCCUGAUAGUGAACUUUCACCCAUUACACAGGGGGAAGCAUUAUGCUUUUCACCUGGCUUAGGCAGCUUGCAUUCAGAAGCCAGAGAAAAUGCCAUGAUGAGGUACAAAGAGAAGAAGAAGGCCCGACUGCAUGAAAGACAAAUUCGUUCUGCAUCUUGGAAAGCUAGAACUGAUGUACGGAAGAUGGUAAAAGGACGAUUUCCUAAGAUGGAGGACUAUGAUUCUGAUAAUGCCAAUGGGACAAGGAGUUAUUAAGUAGUUCCUUCGUUUAUGUCUUGUACAUAUUAUCAGUUCCAGAUAUAUUCAAAUUCAAUCAAUUCUUUCUCUCCCAUGUAUUUAUGGUUUUGAUCCUAACAGAAACAAUAAAAUUAAGGUCUUUGUUAUUCAUGAAAGUCAUC